GUAAAUGUGUAGAGGCGGAAUUACCAAUAGAGAGAUAGGAAACUAGUUUCCUAUACAUGGAACUUCUGUAUAAACUACCUAGACCAUCGGAAUAAGCUUAACAUGGUGCCGACAAUUAAAUGAUGCUAACGUAAUGGCUUAUUGACCAAGUUGUGUUAUGUGAUACUUACGUUUUAAUUAUUGCUCGGAUGUUUACAGAUUCAAAUUAAACGCUCAUUACUUUUACUUUAAAAAUUCCGAACUGCGUCUAUUUUGGUUUAGCUUGGAAAUAAUUUGAAUGACUUGAGUUUCACAAGAUUUAAAUUCAAUUUUUGCGUAUCUUGCAAUGUUACUUAAAAGUUACUAGAACUAAACGUUUCGGUAAAUCCAAGUCAAAACGAGCGAUAUCUACCCCUGUAUUUAUUAACCACGAUAUUCUGCUUUUAAAAAUCUUCUACAAUGUGUUCUGGACCAAUGGAUUGGAUUUAUAAACUUACAAUAUGUAUAAUGUUAACUUUUUCAUUAGUUCAAACCUUCGAGACAAAAGGCAAGAAAAGGUCGGAACUAUUAGAUCUGUUAUUAAACCAGGCUACCAAUAGCAACGAAGAUGUUAAAAGAACACCACCAGAAUUCAAUUCGGACAAAUCUACAAAUAUUGAAGUGUUGCUGUAUGUGGAUAGUAUUGAUUCCAUUAAUGAAGCCACCAUGGAUUUUACCGUGAGCAUACUGUUGCAUCUACAAUGGACGGACAGUAGGUUAGUUCCAUACAACUUCCAGCAACUCUUCGGAAACCUUUCCUUCCUGGAAAUAGAUUCAACCAAUAGUAAACGAAUAUGGGUUCCAGAUAUUUUCUUCCCCAAUGAAAAGAAAGCUUCUUUCCAUGACGUAAUGAUGGCUAAUCAAAUGAUGCGUCUUUAUCCCUCAGGCAAAAUAUUGUAUAUAUCACGAUUAUCGAUGACAUUAAGUUGUCCAAUGAACCUCAGAAAUUAUCCUUUUGAUAAACAAACUUGUAGUGUGGAAAUAAUGAGCUUUGGAUACACGGUAGAUAAAUUACAGUUAGAAUGGAUGAACCAAUCAAAUACCAAUACUGAAGCUGUUUCUAUAAAUAAACGCGUGGAAUUACCUCAGUUUGAAGUUAUUGAUAGUGGACCUGAAAGAUGUCGUCGCACUUACCAUCGCACUGGUAAUCAGAGUUGUCUACAAGCUAAUGUUUACCUUGAGCGGAAUAUAGGAUACUAUGUGGUACAGAUGUAUAUACCCAGCGUUUUAAUUGUGAUGCUUUCUUGGAUCUCAUUCUGGUUAACAGUCAACUCGGUUCCUGGUCGAAUCUCAUUGGGUGUUUUAACCGUUCUAACUAUGACGACACAGAGUACAGGUGUCAACAACUCCUUACCACGUGUUUCGUAUACCAAGGCGAUCGACGUGUGGAUGUCGACUUGCCUUGUAUUUGUGUUUGCAGCGCUUCUUGAGUUCGCGGUAGUGAAUGUUAUAAGUAGAAAGGAUGACCUAAACGAGUUUUCGCUUAGGGGUGUUUUUUCAAUUCCAAAGGAUAUUGAGAAUGGUGAGGUUAGCCUACCAUUGGAACCACGUGAUCCAUAUUCUACACCUAAACCAAUCAAAAGAGGCGUUGUAUAUGCUAUGUAUUUGGAUGUGGCAUCACGCAUCCUAUUUCCCGCCAUAUUUAUACUGUUCAUCAUCUGUUACUGGGCUUAUUAUAUUAUGCAAUAACACCAACUAUAGAUGUGAUGAAGCGGUUGAUAAUGACUCUAUUUACAGACUUACGAUGAUGUUGUAAGCGGGUGGGAAUGGAACAUUUCAUUUUGACUAUAUUUACUGACAAAACGAUCCUGCUGUAACGGGGGGUGGGGGGGGUGAGGCGUUUCGUAGUGGUAUUAUUUAAAGAUGAUUCGCUGGGUUCAGAAACGUCUCCUAGAAUAAUAUAAUGACGUGAUGAAAAAGAACAAAUUACUAUAUGCUGGAAAUCACAGUGAUGAUAUGUAGGUCUGGUGAAUAUAUGUAGGCCUAGUGAUUAUAUAUAGGCCUAAUGAUUAAAUGUAGGCCUGGUAAUUAUAUGUAGGCCUAGUGAUUAUAUUUUGGCCUAGUAAUUAUAUGUAGGCCCAAUGAUUAUAUGUAGGCCUAGUGAUUAUAUUUUGGCCUAGUGAUUAUAUGUAGGCCUAGUAAUUAUAUGUAGGCCUAAUGAUUAUAUGUAGGCCUGGUAAUUAUAGUUGCGGUUGUUGGAGGAUUGGAGAAGAAACAUUUUCUUGGAGUAUAAAAAUAGUGAUAUAAAAUGUUUACUUUUUUAUACAAGCGUACAGAUAUCAAAUGCACAGAGAGGGUGGGUGGGGGCGUUUCCCCGUAUUGUGAAUAUAUGUAGUGGUACGACAUCUUUGCUUAUAAGAAUAAGAACUUUUAUAAUGAUAAUGGACUACCAUUGAUAAAUUGGAUAUAUGUUAGCUACCUGUAUACGAACUCCCGAAGCAAAACUGAGGUAGUACCAGGCCUUCUAGAAUGUGAUGACAAUGACAGUACGGUAUUUACAUCUACAAUACUACUGGAAUACUACUAAUAUGCAUUGAAAUAACUUAUUAAAUAAUUGUGUAUAGAUUAACCCCUUUUUUAUGUGAGUGAUAUGAAUAAGCACCAGCUGAUUUUUAUUAAAGAGCACACAGAAACUUCAAGGAAAGAUAUUAUUAUUAUUAUUAUUAUUAAAUCCAGUUACCAAUAACCAAUAAUGGUAUCCUAAGCCGAUGCAGGGUUCAAAACGUGAAUGGUUUUUUUUAUUAGUUAUUAUUAUUCAAUGUCUAAUGUAACCAGUCCCCCUAUAAUGGUUUCCUGAACUGAUGUAGGCUGCCGUUCAAAAUGAUGAAUGUUAACCAUUUGUUUUUUUCUUGUUGCCAAAACCGACGAACAAAGUAAACUAUAUAUUAUAUAAAAGAACUAAUACCAGCGUGUUUUACAGAGAUCAUAUCGCUGGUAUCUCACGACCCAACAUGGCCGUCUAAGAUGUGGUGAAGAUCAACACAAUGAAUAUUAUGAACUAUACUAAUAUAUGAACAAGUGAAUAUUUAAUCACAAUUUAUUGCAUAAUUUAUGAAGAUUGGUGUCACAUUAAAUGUCAAUUACUGCACCUGUAAAUGGGGUUAAAUAUGGCUUUCUUGUUUAUUGUAGCAUAUAGUUAUAUUAUAUCUUUAUGAAUGACACUACCCUUACAAAGCAUAAAUUAGAUCUAGCAUCAUACUGUACCCUAAAUUGUUAGUUAAUAAUACAGACAUAACAUAGAGCAACUUCAUAACAGUUUAAGUAUUGUCCAUUAUCGUACCCCCCCCCCCCCCAUCCCCACAGACAGCUCGCAUUCAGUUGAACUGACAUUAGUAGAUUUAACCAAUAACAAAUCUUUAGGCUCGCUAUAUCACAUAGAACAACUUCAUACCAGUAUUGGCACUGUCCAUUAUCAUACUCCCCUAUCCUCACAGACAGCUCGCGUUCAGUUGAACGGACAUUAGUGGCUUUAACCAAUAACAAAUCUUUAGGCUCGCUAUAUAACAUAGAGCAACUUCAUAACAGUAUUAAGUAUUUCCAUUAUCAUACCCCCCCUAACCCUAACCCUAUCCUCAGUUGAACUGACAUUAACCAAUAACCAAUAACAAAUCUUUGGGCUCGCUAUAUCACAUAGAGUAACUUCAUACCAGUAUAAGCACUGUCCAUUAUCAUACCCUUCUUCAUUAGGGCGGCUGGUACCGAAAGUUAGGACGUUAAACCCCAUUCCAUUCAUGCAUGCAUGCCUUAAGCCUAUCCCCACAGACUGUUCGCUUUCAGUUGAACUGACAUUAGUGGAUUUAAAUUUAACCAAUGACUAUCCUUUCAGUCCGCUAUAGAACAGAACAGACAAGAUAAGCUUUAGCUGAUGGGCCACCUUCAUCUUUUGGUCGUGGGCACCAUUCCUGGCGUGAGCGAUCGUGGGUUAGAGAGAGGUUAACGUCCACAUGACACAUACAUGUACUAUCAAUAAUUUGUUGCGUGUAGGGAUCUUUAGCAGAGUGAGGAAACCUGGGGACCCAGAGAAAAUCUACGACGUUGGUCAGACCUUACUCCUACAGAUUAGUAUAAAUCUAAAGAUUUAGAGAUAUAUAUCUUCGAUAAUUAGAUUCUAAAAAGCAUAUACCUCGAGAAAUACUUGACGAGGCCCAACUUCUUUCAUUAUAAAAUCCUAUAGUGUCUGACAUUAUGAAUGCUUACUCUUUCACUGACGGUUGAUGCUAUUUCACUAUUAUUUAGAUAGUCAACGACUCUGCCUUUCCCUUUCUGGACUGUUCGUCUUUGACCCCCCCCCCCCCCCACACACACACACACACCACCACCACCGGAUUUACUACGUGCGCAUAUUCAGUGUAGUGUUAUUUAAUAGCCGAUCGCUUAUUGUAUCAUCUAGUUCUUUAUGUUAUUUAUCAUGCCCAUUAAACAUAGUAUACCUUGAGAUAUAAUGAACAGAUCACCUAAUAAACUGUUUAUAAAUAAAACCUAGUUUUAUUUUAAGCAGGUUUUUAUGGGUUAUCCUCAAGAGGCUGGUCAUCCAUGACAUCAUUACUUUUUCUCUCAUCAAAACUUUCUCAUCUUAUUAUCAUGUAGCUUCAUAUGAUCAUCUAUAUUGUCAUGUAUGAUAUGCCUCUUGGAAAAAUAAAUAAAUAAAUAAAUAAAUAAAUUGGAGGAAUGCCGCUUAUUAUGUCAUUUAGUUCUUUAAUUUUAAUUUUCCAGCCCAGUAAAAUAGUAUAUCUCCAGAUGACAAUAUGCAAUGUUAGUAGAAUAGAUAAUCUAAUUAUAUUUGGAGGAAAAUAAUUGAAUAUUAACAUUGUAUGCUAAAUCAGGAUUGAAAGUUUCGACUAGCUUUGUGUAUUAAAUCCUCAUUCUAAGAUACAAUAUUUGUUUCUUGUUUAAGUGAGAAGAUAGUUGUGUUUUGUACAAGUUGUAUGCUUUGCACAAAAAGACACACGUGCGUACAUAUUUGCGUGGUAAUAUGUGAGUGCUCCCACAAAACCAGGCUCUUGGUCAUUUUUAUAAAAAAAAAAAAAAAGAGCUGGCAGCUUAUUUGAAUAGUCCGCAGACUAAGCUUUCCAAAAAUGCAAUUGUUUUUAAUUUGUCGUAUCAUCUGGAGUUGAGUUCGGCUCGUUCACAGCAACAAGAAGGCAUACAGUUUAUGCUUUUGUGCCCGUAGUCUAAAAUGAAGUUGGGCGAUAAGCGCCUGGUUUCGUGGGAUCGGGCCACAUAUGGAACACAAAUUAAUGUUAUUGUAAUUAAGCAGGGGAGGGAACUCUAUAAUUUAGAAUUCGUGUGUAAAUCGAAAUGCGAGAAAAGAAAACACACCUAAAGACAAAGUUGCUUAUGUGAUGUGAAAUUUACUAUCAGUAUUUUGAUUGUACAUAUGGAAUUUAGGCACAUAUUAUAAUUAGUUUGAGUGAAUCUAUCCUUAUUGUGUACACAUAAUUUUAAUUCCUUAGUUCGGAAAAACGAGGUUGGCAUGUAUAUAAUUAUGCUCUACAUCAGCAAAACGGCUCGGGUCAGGGGAGAUAAACGGGUCGGGGCGGAAAUUAUCAAAACACCCACAAAACGGAUCAUGGUGGACGAAAGACAUACAAAAUGAUUCCCUUGCAGUAAAAAUAUACAAAGUAAAUUUUGGAGAACACAGUAGUUAAAGUCUUGGACGAUUCUGGUUAAUAUUUAAGAGAAAUUCAAUCGACCUCCAACGGUAGCCCAAAUGUAGAAUGUAAUAAACAAAUGGGGUGAUAUGGACGGGGCGCGGAUAAUUUGAAAUCCGGUGCAAAAGUCGAUAUUUUCAUUAUAACAACGUUAUCAGAUGUUCAAAGCAAAGAUUAAACAUAACCCACUCCUGGUGGUAGAAAGGGGCAGUAUAUUCUGUUUCUCAUUGAGUUGUGAUUUUGGCAAUAUUUGAAAACUGUCGCAAUGGAAACCGUAGUGAAUUUGAAAUGAUGAAAUGAAACACUGUGAUAUGUUAUAACGUCACCAGCCAGCGUAAAAUAAUCUUAUGUUUAAACAUCCUACCUUUAUGUGUGGUUAUGUAUUAAACAGCAUAGGGUUAUAGUUAUGUUUAAACAGCGUAAGGUUAUAGUUAGAUAUAAACAUUGUGGAAUUAUGUUAAGGUACCGAUGCCGUAAAACUAUAUAAUUCGAUAGAGUUGCCACAUUAUGUUUAGAUUAAACAUGGCUACGUUAUGGUUUACCUUACGGUUAGAUGUAAACAUUGCUAUCUUAUAUUUUAUCUUAUGGUUAAAUGUAAACAUCGAUACCUUAUUAUUAUAGAUGUAAAUAUCGCUACGUUAUGGUUUACCUUACGGUUAAAUGUAAACAUCGCUAUCUUAUAUUUUACAUUAUGGUUAAAUGUAAACAUCGCUAUGUUAUGGUUAAAUGUAAACAUCGUUAUGUCAUGGUUAAUUGUAAGCAUCGUAACGUUAUGGUAUGACAGAGACACUGUAAUAAUAUGGUUAAACAUAAAAUUUAUCGUUAUUUAUGAACAUGCUGACGUUAUGGUAAGGCAUAGACUUUAUUGCAAUAUGAUUCGGUAUAAAGUCGUAACGCUAUGGGAAGUUACAACCAGCGUAACAUUGUGGUUAGAUUUAAACAUCGUAAAGGUUAUAAAAACCGCAUAGGUAUGGUAAAACAUAGACACUGGAUAUCAAUUAAAAGGUUAAGUAGGGUCAUCGUAACUUAUUGCAAGACAUGUAUAUACAGUAAAUAUAGGAAAAUCGUAACAUUAUGGUUAGGUAUAAACAUCGUAACGUUAUUAUUUGAUAUGAACAUCAUAAAGACAUACCAUGUUGUUAUAUAAACCUCGAAACAUUAUGAAUAGAUAUAAUCCUCGUAACUUUAUGAGAUUUCUUGAAACGUUAAGGGUAUGAGUACUCCUCGUAAAUGUAUGGUUAGGUCUGCUACUCGUUAUAUGCUAAUCGUAACGUUAUUGUUAUCUUCUCGGAACAUUAGCGGUACUCCUCGUAACAUUAAUUUCUAUAUACUUCUCGUAUACUCCUCGUAACGUUAAUGUUAGAUAUUUUGCUCGUAAGGUUAUGGUUAGGUAUGCUCCUCGUAGCGUUAUGAUCAAAUAUACUCCUAGUAACGUUAUGAUUAGAUAUACAUGUACUCCUAGUAACGUUAUGGUUAGAUAUACUCCGUGUAACGUGAAGGGUACUCCUCAUAAUGUUAAGCGUACUCUUAUGGUUAGAUAUGCUUCUGGAAACGUUAUAGUUAGAUAUACUCCCCGCAACGUCAUGGUUAGAUAUACUCCUCGUAACUUUAUGAUUCGAUAUACUCCUCGUAACGUUAUGAUUAGAUAUACCCCUCGUAUCGUUAUGGUUAGACAUUAUGCAUAAAUAUGUUAUUGUUAUAAAUUAUUAACACUGUAUAUACUUGCAUCUUUAUCUUAUGGUUAACAUAAGGUUAUCGUAAAACAAGGCGUAUUUUGUUCAACUUAUUUUAUGAUAUGAUAUAUUUUAGUGAUUUACUGUGAUUUAUUUGUACAUGUAUAUAUGUUUAUAAUAGUUUAAUUAUAUAUUAUUAUAUAUAUGCAGCACGUGAAAACAACACCCGCGAAAUACAAUAUAAUCACACAGCCGGUAAUGGUGUCAAUUUUCUUUUGUAACUAGUGUAAAUAUUCUAUUGUAAUGAAAUUUCUUAAAUAUGUCUGCUAGUUUAUUAAAAUUAAAGCCACCGACCACCAGAUUUGGAUGCGGAUUAAUCAAACGCGCCCUAUCUUCAGAACUAAAUGUGUUUGCGUCACAUGUCCCCAGAUUUACUGUAUCAAAAUUACAAAUAUUUCUCACGUUGUUUUGUUUUUUAUUAGUUGAUAAGUGGCAAACUUAAUUACAGUUAGGUUAAUGAAUAUUUAUGAAGACGGAUGAAUAUUAAUGAGUGUCAUGGAAUAUGUAUUAUUAUUGCUUGCACUUUUGUAUAUAAAUAAAAUUCAUGUUUCUUUC